GGCUGGCUGUCUCCUCCAUGUUAUUAUUGUUAUUUUGACUGUGUGAUGGUACGGAGGAGAGCUCCAUCGGGUUCUCCCGCAACAUUUUCGCCUGCCUGGGGUCACCCGUUACGGCCGGGACAGCGACGCGAGCAGAACGCACGGGAAGGGGGUUCUCGACGUGCGUGCAAGGAUUUCGUGCAGCACAGUUAAUAGCAACGAUACGACGCCGCCACCCGCAGCCAAUGCCAGUUCUAGACUUGUGCUACUUCUGCUAACCCAACGCCUGUCGCUGAAAUGAACGGCAUCACCAAGGGCAGAUUUGAGGUUUUCUCAAACAGCGAUGAAGCGCCCAUUAACAAAAAGCUUCCAAAAGAGCUGCUUCUGAGGAUAUUCUCCUACCUGGAUGUGGUCACGCUCUGCAGGUGUGCCCAGGUGUCUAAGGCCUGGAAUGUUCUGGCAUUGGAUGGAAGCAACUGGCAGAAAAUCGACUUGUUCAACUUCCAGACAGAUAUUGAGGGUCGUGUGGUGGAGAACAUCUCUAAGCGCUGCGGCGGUUUCCUGCGCCAGCUCAGCCUUAGAGGCUGCCUGAGUGUGGGCGACGCCUCCAUGAAGACUUUUGCACAGAACUGCAGGAACAUCGAACACCUUAACCUGAAUGGUUGCACAAGAAUUACUGACAGCACAUGUGUAAGCCUCAGCAAAUUCUGCUCCAAACUCAAACACCUGGAUCUGACCUCUUGCGUGUCCAUAACGAACCAUUCGCUGAAGGCCCUAAGCGAGGGAUGCAGAACCCUGGAAAACUUGAAUAUUUCGUGGUGUGACCAGAUCACUCGGGACGGGAUCGAGGCGCUGGUGCGAGGCUGUGGGGGCCUCAAGGCCCUGUUCCUGAGGGGCUGCACACAGCUGGAUGAUGAUGCACUGAAACACCUGCAGAGAUACUGCCCAGAGCUCACGACAAUCAACAUGCAGUCGUGCACACAGGUGACGGAUGAUGGCCUGGUCAGUCUGUGUCGCGGCUGCCACAAGCUCCAGGUCCUCUGUAUCUCAGGCUGCAGUAACAUCACCGAUGCCUCCCUCACUGCCCUGGGACUCAACUGCCCCCGGCUAAAAAUCCUGGAGGCGGCAAGAUGUUCACAUGUCACAGACGCAGGCUUCACAGUUCUGGCAAGAAAUUGUCAUGAGCUUGAAAAAAUGGAUUUAGAAGAAUGUAUUUUGGUGACAGAUAACACACUGGUGCAGCUCUCCAUUCACUGUCCUCGGCUCCAGGCUCUGAGCCUGUCCCACUGCGAGUUGAUCACGGACGACGGGAUCCGUCACCUUAGCAACAGCACCUGCGGCCACGAGCGCCUGCAGGUGGUGGAGCUGGACAACUGCCCGCUCAUCACUGAUGUCACGCUGGAGCACCUCAAGAGCUGCCACAACCUGGAGCGCAUCGAGCUUUACGACUGCCAGCAGGUCACCCGCGCCGGCAUCAAGAGGAUCCGGGCUCACCUCCCAGAGAUCAAAGUCCAUGCCUACUUCGCCCCGGUGACACCCCCGCCCUCAGUGCAUGGGGGGGGCCAGCGGCUCUGCCGGUGCUGCAUCAUCCUUUGACAGCGGAGGGGGCAG